AUGGGGACCAACAUUAUCCGGCCUCUGGGUCAUCUCGAGACAUACCAUUGCACUAGACAGUAUAUGAGCCUCUAUCCAUUUGCAGCACAGACAUGCCAGUAUACAUCCCCAAGUUCCAUGUCCGCCGAGACUUGUCAGCAGGUGAUCAAAGCGGCCCUAGUGCAAGUCGUGCUAGCACACCCGGCUCUACAAGUCGGGAUCGGCGCCGCAGACACCAAUGAGCCCUGCUUUCUCCGGCUCCCGUCUCUGGAUAUUUCCAAUCACUUGGAAUGGAGGGACCUAUCUCAAACGCCCCCCGCUUCCUACGAUGACGCUGUAGUCAAAGUCAUUGAAGCAGAGCACACAAAGGAUUGGCAGGAUGUAGCGACUCGCCCUGCGUGGAAACUGACCGUUGUCCAGAGUCCCAUACCCAAAGACGGGUCGGGGUUCACCUUCGACUUCCUUUUCGCGGCACACCAUUCCGUUGCUGACGGGAAGAGUUUGAGUUUCUUUCACACCUCUCUACUAGCUGCAUUAGACGAAGCAUCGAGGAAUCCAGUCGAAGUGGAGGAUUUCGUCGCUUUGCCAACAACUUCGGCCCUCACACCCUCGCAGGAGGAUAUCAUGGAAUUCAAGAUCUCAAAGUCGUUUCUCAUAAAGACCCUUUGGGGAGAGUUUGCGCCCUCGUGGCUCCAGGGGAAAUCCUCUGCCCUGCCUUGGACCGGCGCGCCAAUCUCUCUGCGGCCGCAGCCACAACAUACGCGGCUGAUCACCUUCCCGGAAGAAGUCGUGUCCCGAAUCCUCGAGGCCUGCAGAUCACACAAGACGACCAUAACCCCUCUGCUUCAGGCACUCAUCGCCACGUCGAUGUCGCAGAGACUGCCUGAAGAAACAAUGACUAGAGGUGUGGCCGCCGUGACAGUCAUUGGUCUUCGUCCCUACGCAGACAAAUCGAAAAUCCCGCACGGCAUAGACCUUGAUAGAUCUAUGGGCGACAUUACGACCGCGUAUACACACAAAAUCAGCCCAUCCACGGUUUCAGAACUGCGAGAUGGAAGCCAAGACCCGGACGAUUCUGCGAUCUGGGCCCUGACUACGAAGCUUGGCUCGGAGCUCAAAAAACGCCUUGCAAAAUUGCCGGAGGACGAUAUACUUGGUCUGUUGGCGUGGGUAUCGGAUUGGUUCAAGAGAGCCAAGGAAAUGCAGGGCAAGCCGCGAGAUGCGACUUGGGAGGUUUCGAACCUUGGAUCCAUGCCUUGCCGGGCCACUCGCACCGGGGCUGGAAAUGAUGGGUGGAAACUGCGACGCUCGAUUUUUACUCAGUCUGGUAAUGCCAUCGGGCCGGCUUUUGCCGUAAAUGUCUCUAGCAUUGCCCAAGGCCCAUUGACUUUGGCGCUGACCUGGCAAGAGGGCAUUGUUGAGGGGGCAUUAAUGGAUGGGCUGGCCAAGGACUUGGACUUGUGGUGCAAGCAGCUUCAAAAGUCUGGCAAGUUUACAGCCUUUUGA